AUGCUGCUGGACAAGCUGAUCUGGCCGAAUGUGGUCCUUCUGUACCCGUUUGUGCUGUCAAUCGGUUUGAUCUUGCACGUUUUGGUGCCCGAACAGGUGCAAGAUCAGUUGAAACAACACGUUUACUUCUUCAACUCAAAGAACGUGCUGAACCAGGUAUUCGCGUACAAGGGGAAUCUCGUGUGGACGGUACUGUUUCUGUACAUAGCUGUACUGUCGUACUUCAUCAAAACAAUGAGUCGUGAUCCCCUCGAGCAGCGCGCUGGGGGGAGACAAGUGGACUGGCAAAUUGUGAGGCAGUACUGCUGGAAACUGCUCUUGAAGAACGGUCUACUCUACUUGUGCUUCCUAGUCAUCGAUGGUGUGUUCAUCGCGACGGGAGGGGUUUGCACGACCAUGGGGGGGGAGAUGAGGAAGAUAAGGUCCGCAGAGAGCUGCAAAUGGAAUGGCGGGCAAUGGGAGAACGGGUUCGAUAUCAGCGGACACUUCUGCUUCCUCAUGAACAUCAGUCUUAUCCUCUGGGCUGAACUCCAGUUGCUCCAGGAUGCAAUAAGGAGAGAGGAGCUCGGGGAGGAGGAACUGAACCUCUGGAUAUGUUACAAAUGGCUUAGACAUGGAUUAACGGCCGUCAAAAUUACAUUAUACAUAUGGUUAUUCCUGCUGUUCGUCACUGCUUCGUUCUAUCAUACAUCGUCUGAGAAGCUGAUAGGUUGCGCCUUCGGAUACGUGUGUCCAUUUGUCAUGUACCACCUCAUUCCAACGUCGCCCCGGUUAAACGAAUUUUUCUACGGUUAA